CCAAAGUACAAGUGUUAAAAAAAAAUAUCAAAUGUGGACAGUGUGUCAAAAUGUGCUCUGUAUAUGUGUAACUUAGAAAAGUUUAUGUUCGAUACGUGAAACCUUUCGAUACGAAACAGCUCGUUUCAGCGACUAUUUUUUUCUUUGCCCUCUUCUCAUCGUUCAUUUUUCACACAGCAAAGCAAAUUUUUCAAAGAAACAUUUUUUCACAUCAGCAUUUUCUAAAAGAGUAGAGUCAAUUUAAGCAGCUAUCUGAAUUAAUUCAUAUAGAAAUUUAGUUAAAUCAAAUACAAUAAAAAGAUAGAAAGAGGAGAAUGUCGUCAUCUGAUGCUAAUAAUUCAACGACAUCCAAGUCACCAUCGGAGGAGUCAUCACCAAUCGUUGCCGUUCAUGCGAGUGAAAGUGACAAAACGUGUGUCGUUUGCUUCAAAAUUGUUGAUAUAUUUUCCAUUGGUGAAUGUGAUCAUCCCGUCUGUUAUGAAUGUUCAACAAGAAUGCGAGUUCUGUGCAAGCAAAAUGAAUGCCCCAUUUGUCGACGGAUUAAUCAAAAGGUUAUAUUCACAUCUGAAAUUCUACCAUACAAAGAACUCGACCAAAAGAAUCGAUCGUGCCUUUAUGAUAAACAAUUUCGAAUCUGUUUCACUGGUCAACGCGCCCAAAAUGCGUUCCGUCGACUCCUCGAACACACAUGCAAUAAGUGUAAUACGGGAGCAUUCGAUACUGCCGCCGAUCUAAAAGACCAUCUUCGGAAGAAACAUGAACUUUUUUAUUGUGAUAUUUGCAUGCAACAUUUGAAGAUUUUCUCGUUCGAACGUCGUGCGUAUACGAGAGAGCAGCUGGCGAUGCACAGGAGGAAAGGUGAUCCAGACAAUAAAUCACAUCGUGGCCAUCCGCUGUGCGAAUUCUGUGACGAACGCUAUUUAGACCGAGAUGAGCUGUUCCGGCACUUACGAAAAGAGCAUUAUUUCUGUCAUUUUUGCGAUGCGGACGGUUCAAAUCAUUUUUAUGCGGACCAUACGGGUCUACGCGACCAUUUUAACGAUCAGCACUUUUUGUGUGAAGAAGGAGAUUGUAAAGAAAACAUUUUCUCGGCUGUUUUUCGUUCAGACAUCGAUCUCAAAGCACACAAGGCCAAUGUACAUGGCCAAACAUCGAAGCAGGCGAGAACAAUUGAAUUUCAAUUUAAUUUAGCGCCACGCGGUCGCGCAAAUCAGCAUCAAGAGAAUCAAGGCGCCGGCCAAACUGUACAGGAAACGUCAACUACCGCAACAACAACCACUACCAAUCCAACGCGUAGAAUAAUCGAUGCGCGAAACGAGCAAGAAUUUCCGUCACUAGGAAAUCCACCAAUCAAUAUACGUCCAACAGUAACGUUAAAUAUGCGACCGUCGAGCAGUGGUCUUGCAAGAACGAAAGAAAAUUUCCCUGCCUUAGGCGGUGGUGGUAGCGCUAGAGAGCCCUUUAAACCGCCAAGUGUAACGGCAAAUGCUAGUACGCUGCUAUUUAAAAUGCCAGCCAAAACGGCGACCGCCAAUAAUGCAUCGAAUAAAAAUGCGUCAAACAAAGCCAAAUCGGCGGCACCAAUUAAACCACACGAUUUUCCAGCACUUAGCGUAUCGUCAAGUAAACGAGCCAAUCUUGAAAGUGAUAUGAUUGAAACACCAUUAUCGUUCAACUUGUCGGCGGUGUCGGCAAAGCAUAAAACAUUGGUUCAAGCGUACGAUACAUCAAGUUCGGCCGCUAAUAUGCUAGCAAAUCAAAAGAUAAAAACCAUUCAACGAGUGGAGACAAAACCACAAGCCGUGCAACUAGACUAUGUGCCAUCGAUGAAUUCGAAGGAAAAUUUCCCGGCUCUUGGCGGUGGUGCAUCGUCAUCAUCGUCCGCUCCGCAAUGGUUGAAUGGUACAAAUGGCAAACAACCGCAAAUGAGUAAGAAGCUCAAGGUAGCACCAGCACCAAUUCUGCCAACCAUCAAAUUCAAUGAAACCAAUAAAAAAGACGUGGAUUCAAAUAAAAAGGCCAAAUCAAGUGAACAAUCAAAACCAAAUCAAAAUGAUAAAAAGAAAGAUGCGAACAAAACGGAAAAUGGGAAUGGUAAAAAGGCCGAAAAGGAGAAGGCAAAAAAGUCCGAUGACAAUGCAAAGAAAACGAAAGAAAAAAACAAUAACGGAAAUAAAAGCGAAAAGAAAGCGAUGAUUGACUCUAGCCCGGCCGAACAAAACGGGAGUGGCACCACAUCGAAUGGAACUGGCGUCAACUCGUAUUCAUCGGUUGCACAUUUUACAAUGCCACCACCCGGUUUCCCUGCCAAAAAGAAUGAGAAGAGCACAUCCGUACCGCCCGGAUUUGAAAGCUUAUCGAAAGAUUCGAAACCCAAAUCGUACAUGUCACCCAAGAAUGCCCUGCAACGGAAUCAAAUUUUAGUUAGUCACUUCAUGAAAUCGCUGAAAGCGCCAGCAGUCGAUGAAUUCCGUAACUUAUCAAAACUAUUCCGAAGUGGGUUAUGCAAUGCAAGCGCCUAUUAUGAGCACUGUGAGGCUGUUUUGGGAGAUCGCUUCGAGAGCAUCUUCCCCGAACUGCUCGCUCUACUACCAGAUAUUAACAAACAACAGGAACUCUAUCAAACCUAUCUCGAGAAACACAGCCAAGCCAAAUCGAACGAAUUGCACAAUUCGAUUCAAGUGUGCGAUCGAUGUCGGCAAGUAUUAAAACGUGGUGAUUUUCCCGAGCAUUUAAAACUACACAACGAAAUUGAAACCGACAACAAAUUAAACAAAAAUUUCCCAAAAUUGUCGAUUAAAAAAUAAAAAUUUAUCAAAAUUGAAGAAAUUAUCUUGAAAAAGAAAUGCGAAUAAAAUCAACACUUUUUUCGCAUUUAAAUUGUGAAUUAUGGAUCACAUCCCUGUAAUUUUAAAUGACUCAAACCUUGUACACAACAAAAAAGAAGAGAGAAUUUCGUAAGCAAAAUGAAUAAAUAAAUUUACUUUCAACUUCUUUAUUAUUUCGCAA